AUGCAAUUCAAGUUACAAGUUACAUCAACUCAUCAAGUAACAAGGCUUUUUCAGUCUACAAUUGACGACAAUGAGAAAUAUUCUCGAUUGGAAAUGAUUCAGAUGUUUAUCACAGUUUCCUAUGAACUUUAUGUUCCCAGAAAAGUGCAAAAACGUAUAAUUGGUUGUGGCACAGCUUGCCCUAGAACCUGUAGUAAUCCUAAAAUUGACUCUUGUAUCCAAGUCUGUACUGGGAACCCUGAAUGUCCAGAAGGAUAUUUUGAAAAUAACAUUGUUUCCCUUUGUGAGGACAAACCUCGAAAGGUUGAAAAAGUGAUGAUUGGCUGUGGUUCUGCCUGUCCAUUGACUUGUAAAUAUCCUGAACCCAGAAUGUGUAUUCAAGUUUGUACUGGACUACCUGAAUGUCCAAGAGGCUAUUAUGAAAACCAUCUUGGUGAAUGUGUACUUCGUGAGGACUGUUGA